AUGGGUGAUCUGGAUUCUGCUGAAGUUAUCGGCUUCUCUGAACUAUCCAGUGAGGUUGGGUCAUCAGAGGUUUACAGCCCCGGGGAGAAGCAGCAGAUGAUUCGCAUUAUUGAAUCAACAGCGAAGCUUUGUAUCAUUAUGACAGAUUUGAUCUUACUUUUAUACCCAUCCUCAUUAUAUGUUACUUCUCAGAGUGACAAAGCGUCUACACUUGGGGAAACUGAAACUGCUUUCGACCAAUGGUAUCUCGAAUGCUGUGCUCAGAUUUCAGGCCAUCGGCAGGGAAUAGACCGCAGCCCCUCAGAACAGUGGGUUCAAUUACAUACCAGCUCAAUGAUUGCGACAUAUCACACUACCAAAGUAGCCUUAUAUCAAUACCUAGCUUUCAAGGACUCAAUAUCGUCACCGGUCAUUAAGUUACCUGAAGAAAUUAGCUGGAUGCAUGUAAACGGCAAGUACCACGAUCAAUUACAAGAUGCUAUCCUCAGUUCAACCCAGAAACUGGUUGAAAUUUCCGAUCACGGCAUGAGUCAAUGGAUCCCUGCCCACUUAUUGGUGUCUACCGGCACGUCUCUCCUUGUCCAUAUUUUAUAUGCGAAAACGACCGACCUAGAAGACUACAUCAUUCCAUUAACUACAGACGAACAGGCAAUGAAACUAAGACGCCGAUCAUUGGGCUCCCUGAUAGAAAUGUUGGACAUUGCCGACGAUCACUAUAACGACGUUCAAUACAUCCUCGAGCCUCUUCGUGAAUUUUCUCGUAAUAGUGGCGUUGGCAUGUUGCUGAGGAAGUUACUAACGCGAAAGGAGGGAGCCCAAAAGUCAUCGAGUUGGAUUAAGACCACUUUCGCAGAUGCAAGAGACUAUAUCCACCUUCAAACGAUCCUGGAAAUAACACUCUCCGAGGGUAACCUUCCGGAGAGAAGCGAUCUAGCCUCUUCGCUUAAGUUUGCGAAUGAUAAUAAUACAAUAACCCCCGAGUCUUCCGACAAUAGCGAUCAAUCACUGCUCGGUCUCUCACAAAGUUCUUUACUCUCCGAUGCCGAGCAAAAUUAUCAGUCAACUUCCUCCAAUACGGGAGCUUUAUCAACCCAAGGCCCCUCAUUAUCAGAUGAUAGCCCAUCCCCUUUCGUUGAUUGGUGGUUCUCUGGGAAGAACGGUACAUCUUCGCCACUACCAAGUCAGAGCUUAAUACAGCCGGAACCAGGGAUAGAAUCCCUUGAUGACUGCAGUAUGCAUAUUCCAGGGGAAAUUCCGCGGAUUGGCAGUGGCCUUUUGGAUGAGGUUGAACUGAAAGAGCUCUUUGCCGAAAGUGUAUCGGGCAAGAGUAGCCCAUAUUAA